CCUAACGUAUCUCUCUGAUCAAACUUUUCAGCAGCGUUGAGGCUCCAGAGUGAUGGCUGGGAGGGGCCUCGGCACGUAUCGUCAGCAUCAUUGGAGACACGGCCGAACGGUAGGAGAUGACGUUGCAUCGUCGGACCACGCCUCAUGUAGCGUGCAAUCCUUGUACCAGGAUAGUACAUUCUGUCUGCACGACCAAGGAAGUGGAGAUCGGGGAGAUCUGCGUGCAGAAUAAGAGCUUCGUAUCCCCCGCUGUGGGGAGACUGUACGAGCCCAUCUUUUCCCCAGAUCAGCCUCAUUCCACACGAUCAAUAGUGGACUGUGCGCAUAUCCAAAGCCAGUUUUAUCUGUCGAGAAAGCCAGGAUGUCGGACGAUGGUCAGCACCCUAGAUUCAUGGGACUUACUGGCCGGCCAUUGAGCACGGCUGUGUCAGUGGUUGCUACAACUGGCUUUCUUCUCUUUGGUUAUGAUCAGGGUGUCAUGUCAGGCAUUAUCUCAGCCAAGCCUUUCAACGCUUACUUCCCGGAGAUCCUAUACAAUUCAACAUGGCAAGGCUUCGUGACUGCCAUCUACGAGAUCGGUUGUCUUGCUGGUGCCAUUACGAUGCUUCUUUACGGUGAUACUCUUGGUCGUCGACGAGCUAUCAUGACCGGUGCGAUUAUCAUGAUUCUCGGCACUAUCAUCCAGGUCACUCCAAUCAAGGGACACAAUGCGGGCGCGCAGUUCAUUUUGGGAAGGACGAUAACUGGUGUCGGUAAUGGCAUGAACACAGCCACGAUUCCAACAUAUCAGGCGGAGUGUUCCAAGACCUCGAACCGAGGGUUGUUGAUUUGCAUCGAAGGUGGCAUCAUUGCCUUUGGUACAUUGAUUGCGUACUGGACUGACUACGGCUGCUCAUAUGGACCUGACCAGCUCACCUGGCGCUUCCCUAUUGCAUUCCAGAUCUCAUUCGCCCUGGUCAUUUUGAUCGGCCCUAUGUUCCUGCCUGAAUCGCCCCGCUGGCUGCUGAGUAAAGAUCGCCACGAGGAUGCGAUUAAGGUUAUUGCAGCGCUCCGCGGAUACAGGAUGGACUCAGAGGAGACUCGCCUGGAGGCUCAUAUCAUCAUGGACUCGCUUCGAGCUUCUGGCCACAAGGGUGGCAACACACCGUUCAGCGCUCUGUUCACCAACGGCAAGACGCAACAUUUCCGGCGCAUGAUGCUUGGAGCUUCAUCCCAACUGAUGCAACAGAUUGGUGGUUGCAACGCGGUCAUCUACUAUUUUCCAAUUCUGUUCGAAAAGUCUAUUGGACAGACUCAUGAGAUAUCACUGUUACUCGGCGGUGUUAACAUGAUCGUCUACUCGAUCUUCGCAACUACGUCUUGGUUCAUUAUUGAGCGUGUCGGUCGCCGCAACCUGUUCUUGAUCGGUACCGUUGGGCAAGGCUUAUCAAUGGUCAUCGUGUUUGGAGCUCUGAUUCCGGGUAACGAGAACGCUGCCAAAGGUGCAGCCGUUGGCUUGUUCACAUACAUUGCUUUCUUCGGCGCUACUUGGCUGCCUCUUCCUUGGCUAUAUCCUGCUGAGGUCAACCCGGUCAAAACCCGUGGCAAGGCGAACGCUGUGUCGACGUGCACUAACUGGCUCUUCAACUUCGUCGUAGUGAUGAUCACCCCCGUCAUGAUUUCCAACAUCGGUGAGCGAACUUCCUCAUACAGCCAUGAGCAUCAACUGAUGAACUUAGGCUGGGGUACAUACCUCUUCUUCGCCGUUGUCAACGCGUGUUUCCUGCCAUUUAUCUAUAUCUACUACCCAGAGACGGCAAGGCGUUCACUCGAAGAGAUCGACUUAAUCUUCGCCAAGGGUCAUCUUGAGAACAUGAAUUAUGUCAAGGCUGCCAAAGAGCUGCCAUACUUGGACGAGCAUGGUAUCGAGCAGAUGCAGCGUCAGUACGGGUUCUUCGACGAGCACGACACUGGGUUGGAGGUUCUGGGCGAGAAACAGAGCCACGGUCUGGUCUCUGAAGCUGUCACACCAUGAGUAACGCAGUAGCACCAUCGCAUUCGCAAGGAAAUAAGUAGCAUACCAGCGCCCUCGCGGUCUAUAUGGGGGGAUGCUGUGCAGGAUUACCGGCUUCGACGUCCGCAAACUACCCGGCUCCAGAAUAGUCAUAGAUGAACUAGGCACCUACUUUACAAAU